AUGUAAGAUUAGUAACUAUUAAUAAAAGUCAUUUCAGUUGGAGACACAUAAAGUGGUAAAUCAUGUUUGAUAAAACGAUUUUGUGAAGGCAGAUUCAUAAAUAAAUAUGUAACAACAAUAGGGGUAGAUUAUGGUGUAAAGAAAAUGAUGAUUUAAAAUAAGAAGGUUGCUGUAUGAUAGUUUUGCAUUCAUGUUAGAUAAAUUUCUUCGAUUUAUCAGGUGAUGAGGAUUAUAAAGAAAUUAGAAAUCCUUUUUUUGCUGAUGCUUAAGGAGUAGUUUUAGUAUGUGAUUUAACAGACAGAUCAUCAUUUUAAAAUUUACCAAAAUGGGAAAAGAUGAUGGUAGAUAAUGGUUUAGAUUUAAAAUAAGCAGCAGUUUAUGUAGUGGGAAAUAAAUCAGAUUUAAAAAAUAAAGAAGUAGAUAGUGGAGAUAUUCUUGCAUAUGCUAAAAAGAAAGGAUUUGAAGGAAUGAUAUGUAGUGCAGCUGGAGGUGAAAAUGUAAAUGAAGUAUAAUAAUGUUUAUUAAAAUAUAAGUUAUUUGAAAGAAUGUUUGCAAAAAUUGUUGAUUAGAUUGAAAGUCAAAAAUCAAGAAUCAAAUGUUGA